ACAUGGACUCUGCUGAAUGGCACUCUCCAGUGUAGAAAAAUGCAAAAUGUUUGAUCAUGUGUAUUUAUUUGUAAUAGAAACAUAAAGCCUAAAGCCAAUGAUUUAAACAAUGAUUUAGUGGGAGUAUCAGCCCAAAAAGAAAAGUGUGAAGUUCACAGCUUAAGUGAUGAAACUAAAUCCAGUACUUAAAGCAGAGGCCAGCACACAACAGAAAUACAGUUAAACACAUAUGAAUGUUAUUCUAAAGAUACAGACAAAUAAAGAAAAACUCAUUGAAUUAAUUACAAAGUGUUAAGACUGUUUCACUGACAUAUUCUUCCUGUUGUCCCUUUGUCUAGUUGUAAGGACAACCUACACAGCUUGAAGUUGUCCAUGAUUCUUUUGUUGUGAAAAAUUGUCAGGGCUGGGAUAAAAGUUGUUUUUCUUCAUGCAUUAUUCUGCUGGUUUGUGAAAACUACUGCAGAAGACAGAAAACAAUUACAAAACAACGAAUCCAGUUUCUUGUUUGUACUUGCAGUCUUGCUAUUGUGGAAGCACAGGCCCGAAAUGCUUCUCUGGUCAUCAGUUUCAGGGGAGGUUCAAAAGCUGUGCCCUGAAGCAAGGAAGUCUGAGUUAUUGAAAAGAAAUUAGAGAGCAAGGAAUUGUCAUCCAUCACUAUGAAAAACAACAUCCAGUGAGUUAGUUUCAAGCUUUGUGCCUCAUCACUUUCUUCAGAUAAGCCGUGCUCCGAGCUCUCCUGAGGAAAUCUGGUGUCCUUGGGCAAGCAUGGCCUUGCGUGGUUGGAAGUGGCUCCUCCUCUUGGGCAGGCAGAACACCCUUGCCAAGGUGUGGAGAAGCAGGAGGGGCGGCCCCUCUCUGUGCUGGCAGCGCUGCUGCCACUGGAGCCCAGGCAAGUCUCUGGACCCCGAGGUGAGAGCGUUUUUGGAGGAGAACACCGAGGUCACCAACCGCGGGCACCUCACGCCAGAGAUCCGGCUGCGCCUCCUCACCCCCCGCUGCAGGUUCUGGAGAGAAAAACCUGACCUGUGGCCUUAUGGGGACCCAUUCUGGGCCAUUUACUGGCCAGGAGGCCAAGCCCUCUCCAGGUAUAUUUUAGAUAAUCCACAUGUGGUUAAAGGGCGAUCAGUUCUGGAUCUUGGAAGUGGAUGUGGAGCAACAGCAAUAGCUGCUGUGAUGAGUGGUGCAUCCCAAGUCCUUGCCAAUGACAUUGACCCUAUUGCAGGAAUGGCAAUGAUCUUGAACUGUGAACUGAACCACCUGAAUCCCUUCCCCAUCACCAUUAAGAACAUCAUUAAUUCAGAGGCUGGCAACUGGGACCUCAUAGUUCUAGGAGAUAUGUUUUAUGAUGAACAACUUGCUGAUGGUCUGCAUCACUGGCUGCAGAAGUGCAUCAGGAUUCACCAGACUGAAGUGCUGAUUGGUGACCCUGGCAGGCAUCAGUUUUUAAGCCACAGCAUUCGCAGUCAGCUGCACAAAGUUAUAGAAUAUUCACUGCCUGAGUCUACGAGACAAGAAAACUACGGGCUAACAUCAAGCAUUGUCUGGAGUUAUCAGCCCUCAAACAGCUUAGAUGAUUCUUGAAGAUUUCUAUGGGAUUUUGUCUCUCUUGAUUGGCUUUUUGCAGGUAUAUAACAUGAAAAUGGGAAUUAAACAGGGAACAUUAUCUGUUAAAGUAAAGCAGCUUACUGUACCUUCACUGGACUGAUUUCAAUCAUACUCAACUGAGGCUUUUGCUCAAUUUGAUGUAAAAGCUACAUGCAAACUGUAUUCAAAGGGGCCUGCACUGAGGUGCACAUCUACAGACAACUUACAUGUAGGAGUUUGCAUGCUUGAUGUUUCCCAUGUGUAUUUGUGUCUUGCUGACAUUACUGUGAAAUAUUUUGGAUGUCCAGCAUACUGCUGUGGGGAGAGGUUUGUGGCUGAAGGACUACUGCACUGUUUCCACAGGCUUCUGCAGCUUAUUUAUAGAAAAUUUCUAAAUAUAGAGAAUUAUUGCUGUCCUCCAUAAAAUGCUCCACUAGAUUUUUAGCUCAUAAUAUGCUCAACUUGAAGUGCCUUGCUCUUUUUCUGGGUAUCUCUUCUCAAUGUUGAAGUAAUUAAUUUAAAUCUCCCCCUUUCCCUCUGUAAUAAAAAUUUCUUCUUCCUUGAAACUGACAGAGUGAUUAUGUAGGAGUUGCACCCAAAUCUAAACUCUGCUUCUUGACUGCCAGCCCGUGUAAAAGCUUUAAUAAAUGGAAAGUGAAUAAAUA